AUGAAGAUAUGGUGGGCUCUGUUGAUCCACGAUAAAUGGCUGAGUCUUUCACAUGGAACCCCGCCGCUUAUCUCUCCGACUCUAAACGAUGUGCCCCAGCCUCUCGUCGAACACCUUUGUGGAGAGGGAAAUUCUUCAGAGCAGGUUCUCAAUGCUUCAGUGUAUAUUGCCCUUGUUGGCUUGACCGAGGUUCUGGACUUACACCUGAGACAUGUCCAUCAAUUCAGCCUUUCAGAUGAAUCCACAGAUACGACACAUCUAGAGUUAGCUCUGAAUAAUUGGAUAGAGACUCUAAGUGACGAGAUCCGACGGGUCGUCAUUCGUGGAAACAACCUAACAAUUCCUGGUGCUGCCAACCUUCGGCUGUCAUAUCUGACAGUCAGACUCUUAUUGCAGAGAAUCGAACUUGAAGCUGAGAAGCGAGUGCGUGAUACAGAGGAUAGCCGCCUACUGAACCGUUAUAUGCAAGCCCGGAGAACUGCAGAGGACAUUCUCAUCUUGACUCAGGAAUUGCAGCCUGAACAUUUGGCUGAUUGCUGGUUGCCAAGCAGCGCUUUUGCAUUUUCGACAACCGUUAGCUUCCUUCUCCGAUGCGCGCUGGAGACAGAAAACUCAACAGCCGGAUUGGUUCAGAGCAGCUCAUUAAAGAUAGCCUCGGACUUAUUGUCGUCUCUUCGUGAACACAAAGAGAAGAAUGCUUGGGAUUUGGGUGACAUAUGUUUGGCCCAACAUGCGGAUGUUGUUGAGAAGCUACGUGCCAUGACUCCGCCUGAAGACUCGAGUGCUGAAGAGGUUUUGGACUUUUCUAGCUUUGCAAUGGCGGAGUCUUCUUACCUCGACCAGCUUUUCCCAAGUUUAUGGGAUCCUCUGCAGAAUGUGUGGUGA